GGAGGAUCUCAUCGACAAAAAAAUUGAAAGUGCCGUUUCUUGUUUGCAGUCUGUUAUUGAGCUUGGACGUGUAAUCAGAGACAGAAAAACCAUUCCUGUAAAGUAUCCUUUGAAAGAAGUAGUCAUUAUCCAUCGGGAUCCAGAGGCUCUGGAAAACAUCAGAUCUUUGGAGAAGUACAUACUCGAGGAACUUAAUGUACGUCAAGUGACGCUAUCUACUAAUAAAGAUAAAUAUGGAGUCCGGCUGAGAGCAGAACCAGAUCACAUGGUGCUUGGGAAGCGUUUGAAAGGUGCAUUUAAGCUUGUAAUGGGUGCAAUUAAAGAGCUGAAGAGUGAGCAGCUGGAGGAAUUCCAGGAGACAGGCACCAUUGUUGUAGAAGGACAUGAACUCCAUGAGGAAGAUCUUCGUCUCAUGUAUACUUUUGAUCAGGUUGCAGGAGAAUCUUCCCAGUUUGAGGCACAUUCCGAUGCUCAGGUUUUAGUUCUGCUAGAUGUUACCCCAGACCAGUCCAUGGUGGAUGAAGGAGUUGCCCGGGAAGUGAUUAAUCGCAUCCAGAAGCUUCGCAAAAAGCGAAAUCUGGUUCCUACAGAUGAGAUUACAGUGUACUACAGAUCACAUCCAGAAGGUGACUACCUGGAUACUGUUAUUAAGGAACAUAUGGAUUUCAUUUUUGCAACAAUAAAGGUUGCCCUGAAGCCUUACCCGGUGCCUACCUCACAAGAAGUUCUCAUCCAGGAAACAACCCAACUGAAGGGAUCAGAACUAGAAAUUACACUUGUCAGAGGUGGUUUGUGUCAGCCUGUUGGUCCAGCCUGUGCCUACGUCAACCUCAAAGUUUGUGUUAAUGGGACAGAGCAAGAUGGUGUGGUGCUGCUGGAAAAUCCAAAAGGAGAUAAUACCUUGAACUUCACUGGACUUGUAGAUGCUGUCUCCUGCAUUUUUGGUCUUAAAAAUUCAAAACUGACAGUUUUUAAUGGAAAAACAGAACUGAUAAACAGAACUGACUUGCUUAGUCUCAGCGGAAAGACUCUACAUGUGACAACAGGGUCGGCACCUGCUCUGAUCAACUCUCCUGAUGCUCUGCUCUGCCAGUAUAUCAACUUGCAGUUAAUGAAUGCAAAACCACAAGAAUGUCAGAAGGGAACAGUGGGAACUCUUCUAAUGGAAAACCCUGUUGGUCAGAAUGGAUUAACAUACCAAGGUCUUCUGCAUGAAACGGCAAAAGUUUUUGGGCUCAGAAGCAGGAGGCUAAAAUUGUUCUUGGAUGAAGCGCAAACUCAGGAGAUCACAAAGGACAUCUCCAUGAAGAGCCUGAACACAAAGACUCUGUAUGUUCACGUUAUAUCCACCACAGCCGAAUGUUGAGAAUUACAUUUUUAUGAAUAAGACCAUGUAGACUUUUUUCCACAAAAAAUCAAGUCAAGUUAAAUUAGUAUGCUUUUAGAUGAACAUCCAAGUUGUGUAUGGUACUUCUAAUAUCUCAGAUUGCACAUGGGAUGUUUCCUACCAGUGCAUGUCUAAUAUGCUGCUCUUUGGUUUCAAAUACAAUGUAUUUUCAUUAUGUUGUCCUAUGAUACUGUAAAAGCUGUCCAGAAAAAUGUCAGAACUCCUUAACCUUAGAUAUCUAUGCAGUAAUUUGCCUGAAAGAAAUGGGACUAGUACCUCAGUGAUGCUGUUCUCUGCCUGUCCUUUAUGCAGAGGGCAUCUUUGAUUUUCUAAACCAUGGGUUACCUACAAGGCUCUAUGAUG